GACAUGGCAGCCUCAGAUUGGUUGUGGAAAUUUUCAUCGCUGUUUCUUUUUGACGGCUUCCAAGACAGGAAGCCGCAGCGAUGGCAGGCCCGAUGUGGGAAUUGCUGGGAACAUCUGGUGACCGCUAGAGACAAUGCUACGGUGGAACUGGACAUCGAUCAUGGCCCGUGACCCGCUGGGGUGCUG